AUGAUCGGUCGUGUUGAAAAUACUUGUGCUGUGUCAAGUACUGGGUCUACAUUAUUGUCGACGUUUGAUACCUCUAGUUCAUUGGAGUGGAUAUUAGACACAGCAGCUAUUACGCAUACCUGCGCUGACCGGUCACUUAUGACACAGCUCCCGCACUACGUGGAGACGAACACGCCACAUGAAUCGUGGACAGGAGAAGUAACAACGGAACAUUUGGUGUCUCAAUUGCCUGUAUCUUUCCUAUCCGCACAAGAUAGACGUGGCGAAACUGGAGAAGCGCUUGAUUGCGUUCUUACUGGAGUUCGUAAUGUUGUUGGAUGUCACGUUAAUCUGCUAAGUGUUAAUGCACUUGAAGAGCAAGGCUGGCAAUGUGAGUCACAGUAUCCUCAGGACGGACCUCCAAGACGGCUAUUAUGGAAGGGGCCGACAGCAAUAGUGUUUGUCAAGAGUCGAGGUUACUAUCGCACUCGUGGUUUGUGUAAUUCACCUCAAGUAGUUGCAUCAUUUGUGGCUGGAGGUGAAUCGAUAUUUCGCAACUCCAUCGUGAUCGGAUGGCUACAGGCAUGA